CGCCCGCCCCGAACCCCUCCCACUUUAACUGGGACCAGUCUGGGUGCUGGACGCUGACUGGGACCUUGGUACUUGGAUACGGGGAUGCCCGGAGCUCUGGAUGCUGAGGAGGGAGGGAAAGAAGGAGGGACGGAGGGAUGGAGGGAGGCGGAUCCUGGUUCCCACUGCGGCAGGAACCGGCCCCCGCCCGGCAGCGAUGCUGGAGCGAGCUGGGGUCUGGGGUCCCCGGCCCGGAGCCCCAACCUGCCCUCAGCCGGGUGGGGGGCGAGGGGUGCAUGGCUGCCCGGCGCCUCCUCCUCAGCACCAUGAAGCAGAUCUGCCUCUGCGCCGCUGCCUCCUUCGCGAGCCAGGACUGGACCAAGAAUGAUGAGAAGCUCCUGCAAGCUGUGGACUACAACGAUGCUGGGAAGGUGACAUCUCUCCUUGUCCGCAAGGGCCUGGUCCCCACCAAGCUGGACUCAGAGGGCAAAUCUGCGUUCCACCUGGCUGCCAUGCGGGGGAAUGUGGACUGCUUGGAAGCCAUGCUGGCUCACGGCGUGGAUGCCAUGACCAAGGACAGCUCGGGUUACACUGCCCUGCACCUGGCAUCCAGGCAUGGCCACCCUCAGUGUGUCAGCAAACUGCUGCAGGCCUCCUGCCCCGUGGACGUGGUUGACAACAACGGCCGAACAGCGCUGCACCUGGCAGCGGUCAGCGGCUGCAUCUCGUGCUCCGAGAUCCUCUGUGAUUUCAAAGCUCCGUUGAACAUGAAGGACAAGGAUGGCUCCACCCCGCUGAUCCUCGCUGCCAAGAUGAGCCACUCGGAGCUCUGCCGGUACCUGCUGCACCGCGGGGCUGCUGUCAACAGCCAGGACCUGCAGGGGAGGACAGCCUUGAUGCUGGCCUGUGAGAACGGCAGCGUGGAGACGGUGGAGGUGCUGGUCAACGGCGGUGCCCAGGUGGCCGUGGUGGACUCCACAGGCCACGAUGCCACCCACUACAGCCUGGCCACGGGCAACGCUCUCAUCCAGCACUUCCUGCAGGAGGCUGCUCAGCGCUGCUCCUGGGCCAGCGAAGAGGAGUCAGCAGAGAGGACAUCCCAGACAUCUUCACCCAGCCAGUCAUCUGUGAGGGAGAAGAACAGCACCCCGAGGAAGAGGAAAGCCCCUCUGCCUCCCCUGGGCACCCCCAGCCAGGAGGACCGAGAUGCCUACGAGGAGAUCGUGCGGCUGCGGCAGGAGAGGGCCCAGUUCCUGCAGAAGAUCCGGGGUUUGGAGCAGCAGGAGAAGCAGAGACGGGAGCGGGCAGAGGUGGAUGAGGGCUCCCUGCGCUCCAUGGAGAAGCGGAUCCAGGAGCUGGAGAAGCAGCUGGCAGCACGGGAUGGCGAGAAGGAGAGGCUGGGCAAGGAGGUGGAGACUCUGCGGAGCCGCUUGUCCUCCCUGGAGAACGAGAAGGAGAACACGAGCUACGACAUCGAGACGCUGCAGGAUGAGGAGGGAGACCCGCUGGAGUUCCCAGGGGCAGAGCUGCUGCUCUCCAAGAAGACGCUGAGCCCCUCAGCUGAGGAGCUGCUGGCCACGCUGCAGGGGCAGGUGCAGUCCCUCACCGUGCAGAACAAGGAGCUGAGGGAGAAAAUACAGGUGCUGGAGAACUAUGAGCGGGACGAGAGCGACCCAUCCAGCCCGGGGGACUGUGUCCCCGCCAGCCUCUACAAGGCUCUGCAGCGGGAGCUGGAGCAGCUGCGGGCGCAGCAGUCAGAGCGGGACGCGAGGGACGAGGUCCGUGGGGAGCUGGAGGGGCCGACGGCAGCCUCGGAACAAGCGGCGGAGGAGAGCGCGGCCCGGUGCCGUGCCAAGGAGCCGGCUGGGAGCCGGGGCGAGCUGCGGGCCCCGGGCACACCGGCCUCCUCCUCCUCCUCCUCCUCGGUGGCUGAGCCGGGGGCUGAGCUGGAGGAGGCCCGGGCAGCCCUGCGGCGGGCACAGGCAGCCCUGGAGGAGCGGGAGCGGCAGGUGAAGGAGAUGCAGGCCCGUCUGGAGGCCAUGGAGGCGCCGGCCUCGCUGGGAGCCUCCCUGGAGGAGGCGUCGAGGGAGAAGGAGGCCCUGCUGGAGCGCUGCGGCCGCGCCGAGGCCGAGGCCGAGGCCCUGCGGCGGGAGCUGGAGGCCAAGGCGCGGGAGCGGCGGGCGGGCGGCAGCCCCGAGGCAGCGGUGCUGGAGAGCCGGGUGGCCGAGCUGGUGCGGCAGCAGGAGGAGGUGACGGCCCAGCUGGGGCAGCUGCGGGAGACGCUGUGCCGGCGGGAGGCCGAGCUGGGCAGCCUGCGGGAGCAGCUGGCUGCCCGGCCGGUGGGCCGGCGGGAGCACGAGGAGGCCCUGGCGCGGCUGCGGCGGGCGCAGGCGGAGGCGCAGGCCCGGGUGCCGCGGGACGAGCACGCCCGGGCCACGGCGGCGCUGGAGGAGCAGGCGCGGGCGCUGCGGGAGCGGGCGGCGCGGCUGGAAGCGGCGGCCGAGGCCAAGGGCCGCGAGGCUGCCGGGCUGCAGGCCCAGCUGGCCGCCGCGGUGCCGCGGGGAGAGCACGAGGCGGCGCAGGAAGGGCUGCGGGCCGAGGCGGCCGCGCUGGCCCGGCGGCUGGAGGAGCUGUCGCGGCGGCACGAGAAGACGUGCGAGGAGGUGUUCCGGGUGCAGCGCCAGGCCCUCUUCAUGAAGAGCGAGCGGCAGGCGGCCGAGGAGCGGCUGGCGGCGGCGCAGAAGCAGCUGGCUGAGGCGCAGGAGCAGGCCCGGCGGCUGCGGGAGCAGCACGGUCAGGCUGAGGAGGCAGCUCGGCUGGUCAGGGAGAGGGACAGGAAGAUCACUGAGCUCUCCAAGGAGGUCUUCAGGCUGAAGGAAGCCCUGAACGCCCUCCCUGAGCCCCGGGGACCAGCACAGUCACCCCCUGACACUGCCACGCUCCAGGCCAGGGUCCGGGCGCUGGAGGAGAAGCUGGCGGAGACAGAAACACGGCACAGCAAGGUGGUGACGCUGUACCGGAGCCACCUGCUCUGUGCAGUGCAGGGCCACAUGGAUGAGGACGUGCAGAGACUCCUGUGCCAGAUCCUGAGGAUGCAGCGGCUGCAGGAGCAGAGCAGAUGAUCCCUUGCUCACAGGGCAGUGCCACAGGGCUUGGUGGGCACAGCCAGUGACACAGCUGGGGGGGCAAGCCCGUGCCAGCACCCUCUGGGCCCCCUUUCCUUCUGCGGGCAGCACCUUGUCACUGGCACAGGCACCCCCAGCCCAGCCCUGGCC